GUUGAUCAGUAACAGUGCGAACACUGAUUCAGAUCCGCAGAUGAUGUGAUUCUGUCUGGUGCUUUCAGAUGAAGAUGUUUGACAAGAACCAGGAUGGGCGUCUGGAUCUGAAUGAUUUGGCGAGAAUCCUGGCGCUGAAGGAGAACUUCCUGCUGAAGUUUGAGAUGGAGGCCUGCAGUCACGAGGACCGACUCCGAGACUUCGAGAAGAUCUUCGCUCACUAUGACGUGAGUAAGACUGGUGCUCUGGAGGGCGCGGAGGUGGAUGGUUUUGUCAAAGACAUGAUGGAGCUGGUGAAGCCCGGUCUCAGCGGCUCAGACCUGGACAAGUUCAAGCAGGUUCUUCUGGGUCACUGUGACAUCAACGGAGAUGGAAAGAUCCAGAAGAACGAGCUAGCGCUGUGUCUAGGGCUCAAGCUCAGUCCCUGAUGUGUGUG